AUGGCCAACAAGAGUGAAGUGAAGCUUAUUGGAAAAUGGUCAAGUCCUUAUGUGACAAGGGUGAAGAUUGCCCUUAACAUCAAAUCACUUGAAUAUGAAAACUUUGAAGAGAACGAAACUUUUAACCCCAAAAGUGAUCUUCUUCUUCAAUCCAACCCUGUUUAUGGCAAAGUCCCUGUUCUCAUUCACCAAAACAAACCCAUCUGUGAAUCUCUCAUCAUUGUUGAAUAUAUUGAUGAAACUUGGUUAACUGCUGUUUCUAUUCUCCCCACCGAUGCUUAUGAUAGAGCUCUUGCUCGAUUCUGGGCUGCUUAUAUAGAUCAAAAGUGGUUUCCUUCUAUGCAAAGCAUAAUUACUGUUGAAGGAGAGGAGGAAAGGAAGCCAUAUUUUGAGGUGAUGGAAGAAGUGGUGGAAAGGAUGGAGGAUGCUUUUGAAAAAUGCAGUAAAGGAGAGCCCUUUUAUGGUGGUGACAGGAUUGGAUAUCUUGAUGUUGCAUUUGGGAGCUUUUUGGGAUGGCUAAGUGUGAUAGAGAAUGAGUAUAAUAGGAAAGUGUUGGUUGAAGAAAAGGCUCCUAAUUUGGUGAAAUGGGCUGAGAGAUUUGUUGCCGACCCUGCUGUCGUCGGGCUUAUACCCGAGACUGAGAGACUUGUUAAGCUUUCCAAAGCUCUUCAGAUCAAAUGGAGAGCUGCUCUUGGAGAACAAUGGCUAAAAAUAAAGAUAGAUUGA